AUGAAAUUCAUCGCUGUUGCCUUAUUCGCCGUCAUUGGCCUUACUGCUGCUCUCCCCGCUGUCGACCCAAAGGAUGCUGAAGCAACCAUUGUUGAUGGAUCAGAGAAGGUAGCAGAAUACUUCAAUCCAGAGGGAUAUGAUUACAAAUUCAAGACCAGCAACACAAUUGAAAAGCAAGAAAAAGCCGAACUCGACAAAGGACUCGUAACUGGAGAAUAUAGCUACGUCAACCCAGAAGAUAACCAAACAAUCCAUGUCACAUACACAGCUGGUGCAGGAAUUGGUUUCUUCCCAAGAUCAUCUGACAUCCCACAAGCCAUCAUUGACUCAAUCGAGCUUAACUUGAAGAACCCACCAGAAGAAAAAGAAACAAAGUAA